AUGGAGUCCCGCAUCAGUGAAAAAUUAUGGAGAAUGAUGCGUGCAGAUAACUGUCUUAUUACGGAAUCUGCGUAUGCUGGUGCAGUAGUCAAUGUACAGGAUGUGCGAGCCCCUUUGCCUGAUACAGCUGUUGCUUCCAGCAACCACCCUGCAGAGGACCCUAUAGAAGUUGGAUUUAAUUUUGUACAAACAGAUCCAUCAGUAGUACUUCUUGAUACACCUCAUGACAUUACGAAUACGGAAGGAAAUUUCUCAGACGACUCGGAUAUUGAUCCUAUUUAUGUACCCGAAGAAACAACAGAUUCUGAUUCAUCUAUUGUGCCAUUUAUACCUCAUGAAACCAAAAACCGAAUUCAGGUGCCUAAAAAGCGUAAGAUAACGCCCAAAGAAAGGAAAGGCAGAAAACGUGUAAAAAAUACAAAUGAGUGGAUUGAUGUUCGAGCUAAGAAGGAAUUAAACUUGGGCAUCGAACAUAAAAACCGGAAAGGUACAAUUAUUCCCGCCAAACAGAUAAAGAAUCCAUGUAAAGAAAACUGCAGAAAUAAAUGUCGUCAAAAAAUAAGUGAGGAAGAGAGAAAAGCAUUGUUCGAGGAGUUUUGGAAAAUAGGUGAUCAUUCUAGACAAUGGGAUUACAUAGUUAGGUAUGUCAAAACAGUGGAGAAGAAGCACGUAAAACGGACAGAUAGCAAAUCAAGACGAAAUCAUUCUAGAACAUACCAGCUUCUUGUCAACAACAAGGAAAUAACGGUUUGUAAAACUAUGUUCCUGAACACCUAUGGAAUAUCAGAGCAGUAG